AUGCCUGUGGACGGCGCGCCUCAAGGAGUGAUAAAUGUCAUAGAUGGGAUCGUUGAACCUGAGAGGGUUUGUGAGCUCCGUGGGACUAUAAAACGGGCAGAGCACAUGCAUGAAGUGCAAAGUGUUCAACCAACCAUAAAGAAAAGGAGGACAAAAGCAAAGACUGUCAUAACCUUCUCUGAUAGGGGCUUGGCACGAGUUUAUAGCCCUCACAAUGACGCGCUAGUUAUUACUUUACACGUCAACAACUUGGACAUUAAGAGAAUCUUGAUAGGCCAAGAAAGCUCAUGCAAAAUCAUAUACUAUGAAACCUUUAAGCAAUUGAAGUUAGAGGACAAGGAUCUAGCGCCAGCUACCUCCCCACUGGUUGGCUUUAACUCAAUGCCAAAGUGGCUGGUUGGCAAGAUAAUUUUGCUGGUCAAAAUCGGAUCAGUGACUCGACAAGUGGAAUUUUGGGUGUUGAAAGUCCUCUCUUCUUAUAACAUCAUCUUGGGAAGAGAUUGA